GUGUUUAACCCAAGGUGAGGGGUUGGUGCCAAAAGAUAUGCCCCACCCCAACGGCCCCAGAACAGAUUAAUCCGGCCAUGCUGAACUUGCAUCUGAAAUGAGAUUUACCUGUCAUGUUUCCCAUGCAGAUAAAUGUCAGUUUUGGUGGUUUAUGUUUCCUGAGCAUGUGUUCCAACGUUGCCAAAGAGAGGAAAGUUCAUAAAAAGCAGCCCAUGUGAUCAGGCGGCAGUCACGGACCUGUCGUGCUCAGAAGAAGGAAGUGUUCCUCCCCCUGGGUUUGUUUUUAUUCAGGGACUUUAAGUCUAGUUUCUCGGCAGCUUUUAAAACGUGGAUUGUAAAAGGCAGCGGUGUGGAGUUUUGCGUCUUCGCACUGGCUGAUAUUUGAGGUGUAAAGUGGGGUCGCACCAAGAGACGUUCUCUUUGAGUAAAGUGUCAUGGUUACAAUUGGGAGAAGCGGUGAAAUCGGAGAGGGCCGGGAUCUGACAGAAGGGAUGGAGAAGGUGAGGACACUGAGGCAGUUUCCUCUGUAUGGUUCCAGAAACGAACACUCAGCAGGAGACACCUGCCCCACCUGUCACGGCACCGGAAAACUUCCCAGAGGUCACGAAGACCAGCUUGUCGCUGUGAUACUGUGCAACGAUGUGAGGCUGAAGCCCAGACGCACGAAACUGUACGUGUGUGCCUCCAUGGCUGCAUGUCUCUUCAUUUGCUGUCUGAUCCUCUUCUUCUUAUUCCCCCGGAGUGUCACCCUGACGCCUGCGUCUGUGCUGUCGGUCAUGGUCUACUUCACCCCCACCACAGUUGAAAUGAAGGUCACGAAUCUCAUCAACAUCUCCAAUGAGAAUUUUGUCCCGGUUCAGAUUGUCGAGUUUGACAUUCAGUGGCUGAUGCUUCACGUAGUCGAGGGUAAGACCAAGAUCACCAACAUGACGGCCAUCCGGUCCCGCUCACAGAAGUCGUACACCAUUCAGAGUGACCUGACUAUUACUGAUCCAGGUUUAAACAUUUACUGCAAGUCGAGCUCUAUCAAGAUUCACACGCUGUAUGUGGAGCUGCAAAUGACCAUGAAUAUUUCCUAUCUCUCUCACACGGAGCAGCUCUCUCUGGACACUUAUGAGUUUAUUGACUGUGGCGCCAACUCAACAGUCCCACAUCCUGUGUGGUGAUGAAAUUGAAAUGAAAAACACCAAAGCAUCAGUGUGACAUAAAGAAUGCUCUGCCUGUGUCAUACUAUGGUCUUAUCUCUUGUACGAGAUGUAAAUGGGUGAUUGAUAACUGGUGAAAAUGCAUCUAUUCUGUAUGUUGUUUUAACAUACCUUAUGACUGAUCAGUCACCUUGAGGUUCUAAUUUAAAAAUGUAUUACAGGUAACUGGUCUCAUAGAAUUAUGUGAAACAGGCACAAUUUCAGAAAUGCAAAAUGUGAGAACUGAAUGUAAAUGUAAACAUCAGUUUUGCAAUGUUGCACUUUAUUAAACUGUAGCAUUUAA